AUGAGCCCCGGUCCGGUCGAUAUCGAAGUCAAGGGCGAGACGGAUACGACCUCCGUCGUCGUUCCUGAGCCGCUCACCGUCGAUGACGUGACGGCGUGGAGAGCGAAGGGGUCCGUUCCCACGGGCACGGCGGCCGCUUCCAACAGCGACAUGUUCAAGAGCCCGGCAUGCUAUACCAAGCCAAAGGCGAAGCGCUGGGAUCUCCAGUCUUGCUGUCCAUGCCAGCAAAGAAGUCCUGCUAAUCCAAUGGCUGAUAGAUAUCAUCUCCACCGAGGCAAAGUCCCGACAGGCUUGAUUUCUCUGGGCGGUGGUCUUCCAUCCAGUGAGAACUUCCCCUUUGAGGAGCUCUCCGUGAAAGUCCCUACUCCUCCGGGUUUCUCUGAAGCCGAGACACGGGCGUCCGGGACGGUUGUGAAAGCAGGGAAGCAUGACAUCCGGGAAGGAACCAGCGUAUAUGAUCUGGAGGUCGCUCUCAACUACGGACAAUCCGUGGGAGCGGCUCCGCUGUUGCGUUUUGUAACAGAGCACACUGAGAUCGUGCAUCGACCUCCGUACUCUGAUUGGCAAUGUUGCCUGACCGUUGGAAGUACCGUCGCGUGGGACGCCGCUUUGCGAAUCCUGUGUGAGAGAGGCGACUACAUCCUUACCGAGGAAUACUCCUUCUCGACCGCUCUUGAAACCGCCAGACCGCUGGGCAUCAAAGCUGCCCCUGUCAAGAUGGACGAGCAAGGCCUCCUUCCAGAGUCCCUGGACGAGGUCUUGACGAAUUGGGACGAGAAGGCCCGUGGUGCUAGAAAGCCUCAUCUCCUUUACACGAUUCCAUCCGGUCAGAACCCUACGGGAGCCACGCAGAGUGCCGAGCGGCGCAGGGAAGUCUACAAAGUCGCGCAGAAGCACGACCUGUUCAUCGUCGAGGAUGAGCCUUACUACUUCCUCCAGAUGCAACCGUAUACUCCCGCAGGUGCCGAAUCCGUUCCACCCCCCGCCACCCGCGAAGAGUUCCUCAAGGUUCUGCUUCCGUCUUUUCUGAGCAUCGAUGUGGAUGGGCGGGUGUUACGCCUUGAGUCUUUCUCGAAGGUGAUUUCACCGGGCUCUCGGACAGGAUGGAUCGUGGCUUCCGAACAGAUCGUGGAGCGAUUCAUCCACCACUUUGAAUAUUCCACUCAGAACCCGAGUGGCAUCUCCCAAAUCGUCCUGUACAAAUUGCUGGAUGAGCAGUGGGGACAUGGUGGGUAUCUGGACUGGCUCCUGCAUCUGCGGCUGGAGUACACGCAACGCAGGGACGUCAUCGUCCGGGCGUGUGAGGAAUUCUUGCCCACGGAGAUCGCCAGCUGGGUUCCGCCUUCUGCGGGCAUGUUUGUCGACUGGCGCAAACACCCUGGCUUCAAGCAGGGUUGGACGCACGACGCGAUCGAGGAGUCGAUCUUCAAAGCCGCGGUCGACAAGGGUGUCCUCGUGUCUAGCGGAAGCUGGUUCAAGGCCGAUCGAUCCCAGGAGGAAGAAAAGAUGUUCUUCCGAACGACGUUUGCCGCCGCCCCGGGCGACAAGAUUACCGAAGCGAUCAAGAGGUUUGGUGAAGCGCUGCGGGCUGAGUUUGGCUUGUGA